ACAUGUGAACCCAUAGUGUAAUGUAUUGUUUACUUUGAAAAUAUUGACAACAAUUAAUUUGAAUCAGUAUUUUGUGUGAACACGUGUUUAGUAAAUGAUUACUAAAUUGUAAGAAAAGGUUAUAAAAUGUUAUCUUUGAUGUCAAGAGUAUGGAUGAGAUCAACUCAUUGUAUCCUAAAGUCACCAAAAUAUACUCCAAAUAUUUGUGUCACCAAAAGCUUGAAUGUGACAAAAGUUGUCAAACAAUUAACUACAGGAACGGUUGGACAACAACUUGAAGAAGUGUCAACAAAAAGCCGUAAAAUUGUUGGCUAUUGGUUGAUGACAUGCGGUGGACUAACAUUUACUACUGUAAUAAUCGGUGGUAUUACCCGACUGACCAAUUCUGGCCUCUCGAUGGUCGACUGGCAUCCAUUCAAAGAGUUUCCACCACUGAAUAACAAUAAAUGGAUUGAAGAGUUCAAUAAAUAUAAGUUAUUUCCUGAAUUUAAAAUCCGAAAUAAAGACAUGACUUUAGAGGAGUUUAAAUGGAUUUGGUAUAUGGAGUUCAUUCACCGAACUCUGGGCCGAACCAUAGGCGCCGUAUACUUCAUUCCGGCCGCCAUUUUCUGGUAUAAGAAAUGGUUUACCAAAUCAAUGAAACCGCGAGUUCUUGUGUUUGGAGGUCUUCUUGCAUUUCAGGGUUUGUUGGGUUGGUAUAUGGUUAAGAGUGGUCUCGAAGAAAAGCCAGAAUACCAAAGGGAUCCAAAAGUUAGUCACUACCGAUUGGCUGCACAUUUAGGAACAGCUCUUGUAUUUUAUUCAUUACUUAUUUGGUCAGGACUUUCACAUCUAACAGUUCCAUCACAAACUCAAGUCACUCCUCAAGUACUCAAAUUCAGACGAUAUACACAUAUGACAAAAGGCUUUAUAUUUUUUACGGCUCUUUCGGGUGCUUUAGUUGCAGGACUUGAUGCCGGUUUGGUUUACAAUUCGUGGCCAUUAAUGGCCGACAGAAUUAUUCCCACAGAUUUAUUAUCACAGUCUCCGAAAUGGAAAAACUUUUUUGAAAACGCGACAACUGUCCAGUUUGAUCACAGAAGGUUAGGCGAACUAGUAUUAUGUGGUUCAACUGGUCUUUGGAUUUAUUCAAGACGUUUACCAUUAAGUCCCCGAACAAGACUUGCAGUCAACUGUUUAUUUGCCGCCACUUUAUUACAGGUAACUCUUGGAGUUACAACAUUGCUAUUUUAUGUACCGAAAUCAUUGGCCGCAUCGCAUCAAUCGGGAGCGCUCACAGUCCUUACGAUUGCUCUUUGGUUAUCACAUGAAAUGAAACUUUUGAAGAAACUUCCCAAAUAA